CAAGAGUGUCUAAUGAGAAGUGAACUGCAAAGAAAAUCUAACAAGCGAACUAAAAACACGGAAACGGUACGGUGUACAGUAGUAGAUAGCAGUGCAGCAGUGUAGCAACUCGAUAAACAGAUAAGCGGCAGAAUCUGCGGUGCGGUGAAACGGUAUCGUGCCUGCUUCACGGUGAUGUGAUUUCUCAACACGCAACACGGACGAGCCACCAGACGAUUACAAAUGGCGCCCCAAAACUCGACCCUGAUCAACGAUUCGACGGGUUCGGCCACGGUGCCGGUCGCAACCUCGGCCGAGGAGCUAAGCAACUUUAGUCCAAUCCUGCCACCCAGGAACCACAGUCAUCGUCAUCACCACCACCAUCACCAUCGCCAUCAUCACCACAAGGGCGAGCAGAUGGAGCAAGAUACGACGAAAACCUCGAACGAAGGGGCCAAGGACUCAACAGCAAACGCCAAAAGCGGAUCCCUCACCGGUGCCGAUGGUGGCAAACCGACAAACCACGCCAAAGGCCUACAGGGCCCAACACGAGCCACGACGUCACGUAGUGGAAGCUUCCGAAUGGCCGACCCAACCGACGAUCCGCUGACGUCACUGCAGAGUAUGCCCUACCAAAGGUCGGGCUACGGCAACGCACUGGACACGGACGGCAAGUGUGGCACGGGUCGCGGCACGGUGAAGCGAGAGCUGCUCAGCUCCAUUCCCUGUCAUCAGCAUACCCAUCACGCACCGAGCAAGUAUCCGGAAAGCAUCGAAUCCGAUGAUGCUCUCGAGAGCUCACCAGAACCGCCGGUGGAAACUGUGGCCACCGCUCAGAACGAACCAAGUACUUCCACCGUCCCCGGCACCACCAGCAGUGACGUAGAAAUACCGAUCUGGAUUCGCGGCGAGGCACGGUUCGUGUCGGGCAUCAACGAGGCCACCACUUGCUGCAACAUCAUCCGUGCCCUGAUCGAUGACGAGGUUCAGAAUGGAAAUUAUGGACCGGAAGAUGUCGCAGUAUCGCGUGACGUGAACGAUUACGUGAUAAUAGAACGAUGGCGUGAGGUCGAACAAGUGCUGACCGGCGACACACGAAUCCUUUCCAUCUGGAACGCGUGGGGCAAUGCAAAGAGCGAGGUGCAGUUCCGCUUGAGGAUCAAUAAAACUAACAUGGAAAAGGGUGCCGUCGGUGACAAGGAGAACAAAUCCAAAAAACAGAAGGAGAAAAUUGGCCUCAUCAAUCGAAUGAUGCGCAAGGUUCUGAAGCAAGGCGAAGCCAUUCAAAAUCAUCUUUCGCAAAUCAGUCAAAAAUCCACGGAGAAGCGUCAGCAGGACAAAUUCCGCAAGUACGUGCGCAAGAACUGUGGCAAGCACCUGAUCAUGGAAAACUUCCUGCACGAUGCGGCCACCAAUCUGUCGGACGACCUGUCGGUCGACGGAGAACCGCUUGUCACCGAAAACGGAGCGACGGUGGUUUCCUCUGGUCGUGACAAGGAUCGAGGACGUUCGUCUGAGGGCAAAGAGAAGGUUCGGCGUAGUACCUUCCCGGGAAAGCUUCUUUUUUCCGCACGCAAAGAUAACUCGGCAGGAAAUGGUAGCGGUGGUAGUAGCAGCACAGCAGCCAAAGAAGCAUCCGCUGGACGGGUGUUGAGAAAUUUGCUGUUCGAAUCGUCCGAUCAGUUGGUGGAUGGGCUGAAGGCGAACGAAGAUGAGUUGCUGCUCGUGAUCGAUCACACAUCCGACAGCGAUAGUGGCAUCUUUACCAACAAUGCACUGAGCCGUCGUGAUACGCUACCGAAGCGACCGAACUUUGGCUCGAUGGUAGAGAUCGAUCGGUACACCAAGGAGACGGAAGAAGAGCUGGUCGAGUUUCAGGAUCGCGGAUGUAGCGAUACGGUCCGGCGUCAGCAGAAGUAUCAUCGGUCGAAGCGUCGUUACGAUUCACUGCGCUGCCAUCAUCAAAACCGACGACGGUUGGAGAGUGCUGCGUCGGAAGAUGAUGGUGUCGCAUCGUCGGCCGGUGGACAUGGGCGUACGUCGGAUCUUGAGCAGGAGCUAGUGGAGCUUGUCGCUGACGAAUCACUCGCCGAUGGACCACCGGAGACGGUGUCUGAUGGUGAUGAUGAUGCAGAUGCCGAUGACGACCUGACGCCACCGGUCGAUGACUUUGAGUCUGGCGAGCAGCUGGACCUGCACCGGGGAACGUUCAACCGGACAUCGUUCCGAUUCGAUCUAAUCCGACAGGAGAUCGAGAUCAAAACUUCCGAGAUGCAGCAUCUGCUCGAGCAAGAGGAGGCUCUGCUGCGUCGGCUGAAGCUGAAGAGUGCCAAAUUCCAUGCCGAGAAUCAAAUCUACCGUUCCCACAUUGCGCUCGACUUUCACGUCGAGCGACUGCAGAACUCGAUCGAUCGGUGCGCCCAAGAGAUCAUCGACAUUGAGCAGCAACUGCUUGAGACGAAAAUGGAGAUCGAGGAGAAGUCACCGCUGAUCGACAACCUGCGCGCUCUGCUCGAGGCUCAGGAAGCUGGCCAAUGCUACCGGCGCCCGAUAGUCGCCAAGGCACAGGACCAACGGUACGGCAUAACGACCCACUUCCCUUCCGGUGGUUCUGUGGAUGGUACGGGCCAGAGUGCUGACACGUGCUUCACGCAGGUGCCCGCAGCCACCACCACCCGCGAUGCUACCUCCUCGCGCACCAGUCUCACGUUGUCGUCCAAGCGCAAAUCCGUGCCGGGCGCCGAGGUAGAGUUUGUGGACAAUAUUUACGAGUUUUGUGAUAAUAACCAGAGUUUUGUAGUUUAGACUAAGGGCCUUGUUGCCUUGCCAACCGUUAAUUGAUUGAUAGGCUUAUGGAAACGCCACGUAUAUUCCUACCCAUAUAUUUAUCGUUAGAGGAUGUUUGAUGAGAUUAUGGUGGAAGAAGGGAAACAUUGUUUCUUGUUAACAUGUACUCGUUUAGUGCUGCUCAUAACGAUCGGUGAACGCUUAUGGUACGAGAAGUUAUUUAAACACCAUCGAAUAUAUUUUAUCUGUUAUACGAAAACGACACCUUUACGGUAGUGGUGCGAUAUUUAAUAAAUAUUUACCAACGAAUUAAAUCGCAGAACUCGGUGCUGGGAU